UCAUCGAUGGUCGUCAUGGUAGACGCCUGUGACUUAUAAGUGCAUACAGUAGGAAUGCAGGAGCAACACUUAGCGAGUAGGUCAGCUGCAGUUGCAGAAUCCGUUCGGAGCGUAGAUGAUUUCUUAAAAGCAUCGGUGGCGCCUAGCACGGCAGGAGCCACUACUGGGAAUCUACGCGAGCCGCGUACAGCUGCUGGCCCCCGUCGCGUUGAGGAAAGAGCUUACAAUCGUCGAGUUGCUAGUGAUAUAGUUCCUUCUAGCAACAAGCAUGGUUCCAAGCACGGGAGGUAUGACCGUGUCCUGAAGGAGCGACGCGGACAGACGCACACGGGCGAGGACCCAAGCGGCGAGCCACGCCUGACCUCUGAGCGGCUUCACCAGUACGCCAUAGCCCACGCAAAACUCACGGCGCCCCCGCGGCCGGGCCCAAAGAGCACUGCAGGCAGCACCAUCCUGCGGAAACUGACGAAUGCGGCGACUGCAGGCCUGGUCCCUUCCCCGCAGCUGCACCAGGCACAAGGCGGUAGCUCCAUUCUGGGGCACGCCGCCUCCACCGCCUGUCUUCCACCCCAUCCCGCUCCUUUGGGGGUCCGCCUGGCCCUCACAACGCCCGGCAUCUCACCUCCCGGCAUGGUCCCCUCGGCCGUGGCGCCGCCGCGGCCUUCCUCCGCCCGGCGGCCCCUCUCAGCCCGCGUCCUGCUGCAGCGGCUGGGCACCUUCCCGCAGCAGCCGCCGCUGCUGCAGCAGCCACCGCAGCCCCAAGCCAACUCGGUAGGCCCCACGUCGCCCCCGGGCGCCCCCCCGCCUGAACGCGCCUUUGGCCCCCGCGCCGCAGACUACCCAUCCCGCCCCCGCGUGUCCCUGCCCUCGGACAUUGCGCCUCCCGCCUCCCACCACCACCAACACCACCAGCAGCGGCAGCAGCAGCAGCCCCACUCCCCUCACUCUCCGCAUUCCCCUCACUCCCCACACGCACCUCCUCACCCUCCGCAGCAACACCAGCCGCACGCGCAGGACCCCAGGACAAGCCCCAGUCGCAUGGCGGGGCCGGGCUGGCAGCCCCCGCCGCCGGGCCCCUCCCCGCCGCCACCGCUCCCUCCUGGCCACGCGCCGGGCAGCCCGCGAGUGGGCAGUCCGCAGCGCCCCGGGGGCAGGGCGGCUGCCGCCUCGCCCUCGCCGGCCCACAGCCCACCACGACCGGGGGGGCAGCGGGGCCCCGGGGAGGCAGCUCAGGACCCCUACCAACACAACCAACACCCAGCGCAUCAGCAGCAGCAGCAACACUCUAGCCAUCCCCAGCAGCAUCUGCACGCCUCGUUGCAGCAGCAGGCGUCGCAGCUACAACAGCAGCUACAACAGCAGCAGCAGCAGCAGCAUGCGCACCCUCCGCCACCGCCAUCACCACCGCUACAGCAGCAGCCGCAGCAGCAACCCCUAGAACACCCACCGCUGCCUCCCCAGCAGCCCCAGCCCGCCUUCCGGCCGCACUCAGCAGCGGGGGGUCUGCGGCCGCACAGCGCCGCGGGCGGGGGCGUCCGAUGGGGCACCCCGCGGGUGGUGGGGCUGCGCGACGUGCCGCCGUCACAGCUGCCGCAUGCUCGAGCCGUGGUGCUUGCAGGCGACACAGGAGGCGGCGGCGGCGACCCAGAUCAGCGGCAGCGCUUCGGCGGCGGCAGCGAGGCGCGGGGUGCGGGCGGGCGCGAGCGGCGCUCUUCGGACGGCGGUACGCAUGCGUCCUGGUGGCAGAGCGCGGGCGACUCGGAGGCGAGCUACCCCUUGACAGCGGUGACUGACCGGUACCGCUGCGAGGGCUGCGAGGGCGAGGAGGUGAGCCCCUCGGAGGCGGCGCAGUGGCUGGAGCGGAUGGCGCAGCUGGAGGCGGAAGUCAAGGAAGAGCGGGAGUCCAGGCGGCGAUACGAGGCGGAGCUGGCUCGGCUGGCUGCCGCCGCCGCCUCGCACCCCUCCGGCAAGCGCUCCGCCCCCGGGGCGCCCUCCGGUGGGGGCGGCCCGGGGCAGCAGCAGCAGCGGGUGCUGACGGGCGCGCGAGCGGCGGCAGCGGCGGUGAUGCGGUACCGACCCAGUCGGCCCUCAUGACCCCAUGACGGGGAGCGGAGAGCCGGCGGCGUCAUGGUGUUGAUCGCAGCAGCUUGAGGGCUUUAGGGGCGACACGUGGUUGCGCUGUGUGUUGGGGUUGGGCUUUGGGAGGGGCGGCAUGGGGGUAUGGCGGUAUUGCGGACUUGCGGCUUGGCCGGCUCGGGGAAGGUGGCUUGCAGGAUGUGGGCAGGUUGUGCAGGGCGCGCGGAACGAGGUUGGGGUGGAAGUCUUGAAACACGGCUUUGCUUGAGGUGUGGGUGAGCUGCGGGUGUCCUCGAGAGGUGUGCUUGCAGCAGUGCACUCGAGCGGCGGCGAGGAGGGCUUGGCGGGGUUGCACUCUUGGAGCGCAUCCUUAGCUUUCCGCUUUCAGGGUGGCAUGAAGACCGCUGCUGAGUCCUGAGUAGGGACUGUGUUAGGGAGAAGGGGUUCUGCUAGAUAGAACGGUGGUCUCUGCUCAAAAUUUCCUUUCGCUGUUGCAUGUGCACUGCGUGUAUUGAAAGCUGAAGUGCUGACAGGGCUUGAACGUGCUUUGUUGCUCCCUCGCUUAGCAAUGGUGACGGGAAUGCUGUGGGCGGUGCUGAAGAAUGCGUGGAAUGUGAUUGGCUAUUGCGUAUUUGUAUGUGCGUGCAAUUAAAGGUGCAUUGCGGUUCACUUAAGAGGGGCUGUUCCUGUCCCUGCCGUAUGAGCGCCCUUGACUCACAGCCACGCAUAGCCUUGCAUGGAUGGGCGCAAGAUGUGUAUCAUUCACAGGUGCUGCUGCUCCGAUGCGCCACCGGUGUCGCUGUUCCGUAUCGCCGGCUGCGCCCACCCCGCCCACUGCAAGGCGGUGUAUGUAGGCAGGCGGUAGUGCGCAUCUUGGCAGGGGCGGGGCGGGAUGGUGGAGGCAACUGCGUUCCAGUGCAUGGGUUGUGCUGGCUGCGGGGCGGGUGCGGGGAGGGCCUGCUGGCUGCGGCUUUUGGUGGGACGCCUGGAAACGAUAGCUAUAUGUUAGUGUGUCGUUGGCAUGUCUUUGGGAGAGGCGUUACUUCGAAGGGUAGAGUGAUCUUUGUUGCCUGGCAAAAUGGCAAUCCCCACCAAGUGCUGGUGGGAUGGGGUGGUGCAUAGGAGGAUAGAAGGCAAACUCCCGCUGCGGGGGUGACAGCUCUCCCUGCCCUCACUGCAGAAGGAAUGUCCCGAUUUCCCGAAGGAUGGCUGGAUUUCUGGCAGGUUAUCUUGCACCUGCUGCCGCUGCCAAGCGCCGCCGCCCGGCACCAGCAAGGCAGGAGAGCGCUGAGCCAAGUGGCAUAUGCAGCAGUCAGCAAAGGAGGUUGGGGGGUGUGAUCCGAUUGGUGUGUGCUGCGCUGCAUAAGUUAUUUUAUUUGUCGGGAUGUUAGGUCGAAUGGCCUCCCGCCGCACCCGGCUCUGCUGCGCAUGCAGGCAUGUUCGGGAGUCUGACCUAGCCAGAUGCUGCGGAGUCACGUUUUAUAUCACGAAACGCAUCAUAGUUUGUUGCCGUACAGGGACCAGGUUCGCAGUACUGAGCAAACCUUGCAUAAAAACGGCCUAUCCGUUAAGGACAACUUGUUUGUUGCAAAGGCCAAAAAACGAACACAAUUGCGGUUCACCUCAUCAUAUGCUGUGUGUGCAGAAUUGCAGAUGUGUACCAUACCCCG